UUGCACCACGCGCGGAGACAGCGAAUCGGCUCGGGUGGCGACGUCAGUGCUGCCGAAACCUCACACAAGAGCGCAGAGCAGGAUAAAAUACCGUGCGGAGCGGAGGAGCCAGGUACCCGGGGGGCGAGACAGCAGCCAAGCGAGUCCGGUGAUAGAGCCGGGCCUAGGCGGGGUGCCGAAGCGAUUACACCAAAAAUGGCGGACGAUCCGACAGCAGCCGACAGAAACGUGGAAAUUUGGAAAAUCAAGAAACUGAUCAAAAGCUUGGAAGCGGCCCGAGGAAAUGGCACCAGCAUGAUCUCCUUAAUCAUCCCCCCUAAGGACCAGAUCUCACGGGUGGCAAAGAUGUUGGCAGAUGAGUUUGGCACUGCAUCCAACAUCAAAUCCAGAGUCAACAGACUGUCUGUAUUGGGAGCCAUCACAUCUGUACAGCAGAGACUCAAACUUUACAACAAAGUGCCACCAAACGGGCUUGUUGUCUAUUGUGGAACAAUCGUAACGGAGGAGGGCAAGGAGAAGAAAGUUAACAUAGACUUUGAGCCGUUCAAACCCAUCAACACGUCGCUUUAUCUGUGUGACAACAAAUUCCAUACGGAGGCUCUGACAGCGCUGCUAUCAGAUGACAGUAAAUUCGGCUUCAUCGUGAUUGACGGGAGCGGGGCGCUGUUCGGUACACUCCAGGGGAACACGCGGGAGGUCCUGCACAAAUUCACAGUCGACUUGCCCAAGAAGCACGGCAGGGGUGGUCAAUCUGCUCUGCGGUUCGCCAGGUUACGAAUGGAGAAGAGACACAACUACGUGCGAAAGGUGGCGGAGACGGCAGUGCAGCUUUUCGUCUCCAACGAUAAAGUCAACGUGGCUGGGAUGGUGCUGGCCGGGUCUGCGGACUUCAAGACUGAGCUGAGUCAGUCUGAUAUGUUUGACCCAAGAUUACAAGCCAAAGUGCUGAAGCUGGUGGACAUCUCGUACGGAGGAGAGAACGGUUUCAACCAGGCCAUAGAGCUGUCUGCAGAGGUGCUCUCCAAUGUGAAGUUCAUUCAAGAAAAGAAGCUAAUAGGGCGGUACUUUGAUGAGAUCAGCCAGGACACAGGGAAGUACUGCUUUGGAGUGGAAGAUACACUGAAGGCUCUGGAGAUGGGGGCUGUGGAGAUCCUCAUUGUGUAUGAGAACUUGGACAUCAUGCGAUAUGUCUUGCGCUGCAGUGGUUUAGAAGAGGACAAGGUGCUCUUCCUCACACCAGAGCAGGAGAAGGAUAAGUCACACUUUACAGACAAGGAGACCGGGCAAGAGCAUGAGCUGAUCGACAGCAUGCCACUUCUGGAGUGGUUUGCCAACAACUACAAGAAGUUUGGAGCCACACUGGAAAUUGUGACGGACAAGUCGCAGGAGGGCUCCCAGUUCGUCAAAGGGUUUGGUGGGAUUGGAGGAAUCCUGCGAUAUCGAGUUGAUUUCCAGCUAAUAGAGUACCAGGGAGAAGAUGAUGAAUUUUUCGAUUUGGAUGACUACUAGGUAGUCCAAACAUGGCUUGGGGAUAUGCAACUAUCCCUCCUACCCACUGAGAGACCACAGAAAGAAAGAACAAGAACAAGAAAAAUAAAUAAAAUCUAUCCCUGCCUUAGAACACAAUGUCACAACUUCAUUGGAUAUAACCAUCUAGAUCUCCACGAUUGUAAUAGUGUCAAUGCAACAGCAAAUCCAAACUAACUACUGUGUUACCUAUACAACAGUUUUGGACUCUUAAUUUUUUUUUUUUUUUUUUUUUUAUUUCUUACCUCCUGCGGUUGCUGUUGUAUUUUAUGAAAGUGAGAAUUUUUUUACCUCUGUAUGUAGAGGCGAAGUGUAUUAAAUUUGAACUAAAAAUAA